GCAAACAUGAGCCACGGGGACCGUUACACCUCCUCAUCCUACCGGAAGAUUUUCGGGGACUCUCCCAAGUUCCCCAUCUCCUCCUCCCGCAUGGGCAGCCCCUCUCCUCGGAGCUCCUCGGGGUUCAGGUCCAUGACUGCGUCCCGCAACAGCGCGUCCUCCAUGAGCCUGUACAGACGGAUGGGCCGGUCCAUGUCCUACUCUCCGGUGCCCACCGACUCGCUUGACUUGAGCCAGACCUCCGUGGCCAACAAUGAGUUAAAAGUCAUUAGAACUAACGAGAAGGAGCAGCUGCAGGGCCUGAAUGAUCGCUUCGCCAUGUUCAUCGAUAAAGUGCGUAACCUGGAGCAGCAGAAUAAGGUGCUGGAGAUGGAGCUGGUGACUCUGCGGCAGAAGCAGGGCGAGCCGUCCCGUAUCGCUCAUCUCUACCAGCAGGAGCUGAGGGAGCUGCGCUCCCAGGUGGAGGAGCUGAGCAGGGACAAGAACCGCAUCCUGAUCGAGAGGAACAACCUGGAGGACGAGCUGCAGAAGCUCAUUGUGAAGUACGAUGAGGAGACGAGAACCCGGGAGGAAGCUGAGCAGACCUUGAGGUCCUUCAGGAAGGACGUGGAUGACGCCACGGCAGUUCGCCUGGACCUGGAACGCCGCGUGGAGUCCCUGAUGGAUGAAAUCUCCUUCCUGAGGAAAGUGCACGAUGAGGAAAUCCAGGAGCUGAGCAGCCUGAUGGAGGAGCAGCAGGUCUCCGUGGAGCUCGAGAUCGCCAAGCCCGACCUCACUUCUGCUCUGAAGGAGAUCCGCAACCAGUACGAGUCCAUCGCCUCCAAAAACCUGCAGUCCGCUGAGGAGUGGUACAAGAGCAAGUUCGCCAGCCUCACGGAGCAGGCCACCAGGAGCAACGAGGCCAUGAGGGCCAGCAGGGAGGAGAUCAGUGAGUUCAGGAGGCAGCUGCAGUCCAAGACCAUCGAGAUAGAGACCCUGAGGGGCGCCAACGAGUCUCUGGAGAGGCAGAUCACAGAGAUAGAGGAUGCCCACACUGUGGAAGUCACAGCUAUGCAGGACACUAUUGGCCACCUGGAUACUGAGCUGAGGAACCUGAAGGGUGAGAUGACCCAGCACCUGAGAGAAUAUCAGGACCUUCUCAAUGUCAAGAUGGCCCUGGAUAUAGAGAUCGCCGCCUACAGGAAACUGCUGGAAGGAGAGGAGACUCACUUUAACUCAGGGAUGUCGUUUGGAGCUGCCAGCUACAGCUACCAGCCCCGAGGCUCAGUCGGCUCCUCCAAGAGCAGCCACAAGGAGAAAGGAGGCGCCAAGAAGGAAACCUUCAAGGAGAGCAGUGAGGAUAAAGACGAGGCGGACAUCAACUCCAACAACUGA